CAGAAUAUACUAGAACGUCCUCUGAUUCUCUAUUUUACUAGUAUAAAAUUCUCACUCACAGUAAUCUUUAUCAUUCACCUAUCAUAUCUUCUUCUCUUUUUUGACAAUAUUCACCUAUCAUAUCUUUGAUGGAGUUAGUCCCUUUCAUUACUCUUUAAAGAAAUGCAUGAGUACUGAUCAUUAAAAUAGCUUUCUUUUUUAUACUACUAAAUCCAAAAAACCUAGCAAGUGUGCACGUACGUACGGCGACAGUAAAGUAGUACUUAUAAGGAUGAUGGAGGAUCAUGAAGACAUUGAUGGAUCAACAACUGAUCUUGAAGCUCAGAGGAGUUCACCGCUGCUAAUGAAUAAUGAAUUGAGUAAUACUUCUUGUUUGAUGAGGCGGUCAGUGCUCUUUCUCAGAUCUACUCACAAGUUCAUUGAAGCUGGAGCAAGAUCUCUUUCUCGAAUGUCGUCGUCGUCGUCAUCCUCCACCACAAUCUUUUAUACUCCUCUGAGCAGGUUUGCUAUUCAACCUGGCGGAGAUCAUAAAAACCAGAUUGAUGAAAUUGUGGCAGCUUCACCUGAUGGUGACUGGCGUGUUAGUACUGUACAAUCAAACAAUGAUCACAUCGAGAUUGAGCUUCAGCCUCAUGAGAGUCAUCAACAAUGCUUACAGAUUACCAAGGUUAAUGAGAUUGUGAAGGAGAAGAACUUGGAUUCACUUCACAAUUUUGGAGGAGUCAAGGGGGUCGCUGAAGCAUUAAGUAGUGAUGUUGACGUAGGAAUUCAUGUUGGAGACAUUUCUCAUCGCCACAAGGCGACAAACUUGUCUCUUCACAUGAUCUUCACAGGGUACGGCCACUUCUUCCGACAAUUGGCUUGCAAGGAACCAACUAUUUUGCUCCUUGUAGUUGCUGCAAUAUUGUCUUUUGCCUUUGGAAUCAAUGAAGAAGGUGUGCAGAAUGGUUGGUUUGAAGGAGCAAUUUUGGUUGUGGUCAUAUUUGUGACUGUUUCGUUUAAGUUAGCACAAACUUGGUACAAAAGACGCUGUUGGAAGAAGCAAAAAGAUCACAAAGCAAACGUGGACAAAGCAAGCCAAAAAAGCAAGAUUUUUGUAACGGACUCCAGCUUUUGUACCAACUUUGACAAGUUGAACAAGUACGUACAUAUUAGUGGGCUCUUGAAUGGCAUUUUGAUCAUUGUGGUGGUGUUCAUUCGCUUUAAAUUUGGUCAUAAAGAUGAUGAGAACGGAUAUAGAUUGGAAACGAAGGGAGAAUCAGCUGAACUUGCAAUGAUAAUGAAUGCCGUGAAGAAGGUUUUAAUAGAAUCAAAGGGAACAUUAAGAGUUUGGAUAACUUUACUUAGUGUCUCAGCGGUGGGGAUAACUGAAGGAACACCAUUUCUUAUUUCAGUGGCAAUGGCAUAUUGGAAUUCGAAUUUUGAUGUUACGAAGGAAUCAGUCAGCACCCUCUGUAUAGAAAAUGCAAGCUGGUUGAAAGAGCAAAAGUUGGAAGUUACCCAGUUUUUUCUUGACAAAAAAGAUGUUACCAAGAUACCGCGACAUGUCUGCAGUGUUCUCUCUGAUGGAAUUAGAAUUGGUGUGUCCAUUCAAACAGCGUACCACAGAAUAGAAGAACCAAUUUUCUGUUGGGCAAAGAAGAACAUGGAGAGAGACACUUUGGAUCAGCAGUUCACCAUAGUGAAGGACAAUGAUAAUGAGACGAAUCCUUUCGAAGAACCUUGUGGGGUUGUCAUAGAGAAAACUGGAGACAAUGGGAAAGAGUACUAUUCACACUUCAAGGGCCCUACUGAUUCAAUAUUGUCAAUGUGUUCCAGUUACUAUGACGAGAAGGGUGAAGUGCUGGAUUUGGAUGCCAAAACAAAGAGAGACUUUGCUCAAGCUAACAACAACGUAAACGUAGUUGCAUUUGCCUGCAAACGUACUCAGGUUGCUGAACUUGAUGAAAAUGACCUAAUAUUCAUUGGUAUGUUUGUCUUAAAAGAUAGUACUCAUAUCAAUCUAGACAACAUGAGGCAAGCAAUUGCGACUCUGAAAGAAGGUGGAGUGAAGACCAUAUUUUCCUCGGAAGAAGAUGUUGAAGUACUUCGUACCAUUGGUAAUGACACAGGUUUGCUCAACUCACACGACGCUCUAGUGGUUAGGGGCGAAGAUUUCUACAACUUCACUGCGGAUGAUAUGAAGGAAAAAGUUGAGAAAGUUUGCAUUAUGGGAAAUUCCUCUACCGCACACAAGCUUCUUUUCAUAGAGUGGUUGAAGAAAAGAGGUAAAGUGGUGGCUGUGGUAGGAGAACAAGCAGCUGAGAGUAAUCUGGUUCUGGAAGCAGCUAACUUUGGCCUGCCUGUGGGGACUAACUGGCCUGAAACUAUAACCCGCGCGAUUAACUGCAUAAAGGGAGGAAGAAUUGCUUGUAAGAAUUUGAGGCAAUUCAUCCAAUUGGAGGUAAUCCUGGCAAUCACUAGCUUAUCAAUAAACUUCAUAAUGGUUAUAUUAAACGGAGAUGCCCCGUUAACGGCCAUCCAGUUGGUAUGGAUUCACCUUCUUGUUACAUUUAUUGGAGGGCCAUCUUUGCUAAUUACUCAACAGUCCACAAGAAAACUAAGAGACGAGCUAUCCAUCAGACCAAGAAAACCACUAAUUACCAAGGCCAUGUGGAGAAACAUACUUUUUCAAGCUUCUUAUCAGACUGGCAUUUUUGUCUUCCUUCUAUACAGAGGAAGUGUAAUACUGGACAUCACUCCAAAAGUUAACAAAUCCACAGUCUUUAAUGGGUUUGCUUUGUGCCAGCUUUUUAACAUAUUCAGUGCAAGGGAGUUGGAGCAGAAGAACUUUUUCAAAGGUCUUGGUCAGAAUUACUGGUUUUGGGCACUGUCUGGGCUCUUUAUUGGCUUGCAGUUGGGAUUCAUUGAAGUAGAGCCUUUCUUUAGCAGUACGGCACGACUGAAUUGGAAGCAAUGGGCUGAAUCCAUUUUAAUUGGAGCUGUUACAUGGUUGCUUGAUGUGAUAGUAAAAUGGGCAUCACAAUACCUAAAGAUAGAUAAAUGUGACUGUGGAGUUAGAAUCAAUUGCUGUUACAGUGGACCAACAAGUACACCAAAUUCAACGCGAUCCUUGGAUUCUCCACUAAUGGAAAGGGCUGGAUAUAUAGUGGAUAACAAACAUAUCACGUCGUGCCAAACCAACCAAGCAUAGAGCUAAUACUUUGGUGGAUUAAUGAUGUUGUGCUGCAAUUUUGAAUCCAUAUUUUCCACUGUAGUCUGUUGGGGCUAGUUUAUGUUCAUUCUUUCAUCAAGUUUUUCAGUUUCUCAUAAGUGUGUGUAUAUAUAUAUAUAUAUAUAUAGAGUAAAUAAUGUAUUUAAUG